AUGGAGGACGAUAAUUUAAUAGAGUUAUAAGAUAAAAUCAGACUGACUAAGCACUAUGAUUUGCACAGAGACUUUUAGCCACUAUAUACUGGAGGUCAAUUCAAAAUAUUGAAAGAUGAGUAACAUGCCCUCUCUCUCAGAGAUGGAAAGAUUUGCUUAUUUAGUAUUGAAACUUCAAAAGUAUUGGCCUCUCUAUCUCAGGAAAAUGAAGACAUUUUGACUUUUGCAAUUUCUCCAAACUAGCAAUUACUAGCUAUUUCAAACAAAAAUUAUCUAAUAAGGCUUUAUAAGGUUCCAGAAAGUAUUGAAAAUUUCAGCUAGCUUGAGGAGCUAAGCACUUUCAAGACUAUCAAUCAAAUGGUCCUCGAAAUGAACUUUGACCCAAGUAGUAAAUUUUUAGCUGCUGGUACUGCUGAUAGCCAUAUUAAGGUUUUCGAUGUGAGAAAAGGUUUCUAGACGCAUAAUUUAACAGGUCACAGAGGUAUUAUUACAAAUCUUAUAUUUCAUCCUGAGAUCGAUUCUCUCAGACUUAUUUCAACUGCAGAAGACUUGACUAUUAAAGUAUGGGAUUUAGUCAUGAAAACUGAGAUAGCAAACCUCAAGUUUCAUUAGGCACUUAUUACCAAUAUAAUCUUCUCUACAGAUAUGAAUACUUUGGCAGCGUCUUCAAAGGAUGGAUCAGUUUCCUUUUGGAAUGUCAAAGAUAACUAUAAAUUACUAUCAUCAAUUAAAGUAAAGUCUGAUGAAAACCCUGAUGAGAUUGAGGAAUUAAAUGCCAUUUAUAUGUUUAAGAGUGGCUCUGAGCCUUACAUUUUAAUUGGAGGAUAAAACGGAAUUCUUAAGAUCUACGAUAUAAAGGCAUAGAAAUUUUGCUACUCUUUGCAUGAUAAUACUUUGAAGUCUGAAAUCACAAAGAUCAUAUCUAGCGAAAAUAGCUCUAAAAUUUAUGUCCUUAAUGCUGAUUAAAAUUUCAACAUAUACCAAAUAACAAAUAAAACUAAAAAGAGUAGUUCUAGCAAUAAGCCUCAAUUGAAAUCUCUAGUUAGCAAGUGCCUAUAUCUAGAUGAAAUUAUCGAUCUUAAGCUAUUAGGGAAGAAAAGUGAUAUUGAAGGAGAUCAAAGUGAACCUUAGUAUGCAGUUUUAUGUUCAAACAAUGAGACUCUUAAAAUUAUAAACCUUUAAGAUGGAUAAGUAAGUUAAUAUGGGGGCCAUAAUGAUAUUAUCUUAUGUCUUGAUGUAAGCAGAGAUUUAAUCUUAUCAGGUUCUAAGGAUAAUUAGAUUAGACUUUGGAAGAUAAAUCAAGAGAAUCAUGAGCUAAAAUGCUUAGCUACCUUCAGUGGUCAUACUGAAAAUAUUGCUAGCGUAUGCUUUGCACCGAAGAAAUCUAAUUUCUUUGUAUCUGCUAGCUAGGAUAAUACUAUUAAGAUAUGGGAUAUUCAGGAAUUUAAGAAGACUUGUGAUGGUGAAGAUAUUUAAGAGAUUACAUCAGCCCUUUUGACAGUAAUGGGUCAUCAGAAAUAUAUCAACGUGGUGAAAGUGAGUCCAAAUGACAAAUUAAUUGCAUCCUCAAGUCAGGAUAAAACUAUAAAGAUUUGGGGUUCAUAUGAUCUAAUGCUUUAAUAAACACUUUCAGGCCAUAAGAAAGGAGUGUGGGAUAUUGCAUUUUCCCCAGUGGAUAAGUUACUUGUAUCUGCUUCUGGAGACAAGACAUUAAAAGUUUGGAAUCUGCAAAAUGGAACAUGCAUCAGCACAUUCCAAGGUCAUUAAAAUUCUCUAGUUAAAAUAUCUUGGAUUAAUCUUGGAAUGUAAAUUGUAUCAACCUCAGUAGAUGGAGUUGUCAAGAUUUGGAAUCUCAAGAAGUAAAUCUGUGUGAAUACAAUUUAAAUGCAUGAGGAAAAAAUUUGGGCUUUAGACUCAAAUGAAAAGUUUAUGGUUACUGGAGGAGGAGAUUCCACUGUAAAGAUUUGGAAAGAUUGCACAGUAGAAAAGGAAUAGGAGGAAAAAGAAAAAGAACUUCAGAAAGUUUAAGAUGAGUAGAGAUUAUCUAAGUUGAUUAGAGAAGAAGAUUUCUAAGAAGCAGCUGUGAUGGCAUUUAGAUUAAAUAGAUUGAGAGAUUUUUACUUAGUAAUGAAUAAAGUUAUUUCUGGCAAAUCCAGCAAGAUUGAUAUGGUUGAUUCGGUAUUGACUGAUAGGAAAAUUCUUAACUCAUUAUAGAGUGGGCAGUAAAACUAAUAAGAAAAAUCUUAAUAAAUUUAAGGCGAGACUUUAAUGACCUAGAUUUUGGCGAAGCUCUUGAAAGAAGAUAAAAAGAGAUUAUUGGAAAUAAUUAGAAAUCUAAAUUCAAAGUCAUAAUAUUAAGGUCUAGCUCAACACAUUCUGUAUACAAUAUUACCAAGAUUCAGAGCAGAUGACUACUUGGAAGAAUUUAAAACCAAUCAAAAUGAACUUAAGGAAAUUCUUAAGAUCACAGAUUUUUAUUCUUAAAAGCAUCUUGAUAGAGCAGAGAGAGGCUUAAAAAAAGCAUUCUAUCCUCAAUAUAUUCUUUCUCAAAUGACUCUUCAGGAUGAUUUGCUGGUUGAGUAAUAAAAAUAAUCUGCAAAGCAGUAAGAUAAGUAAAAUAGCGAAAAGAAAUAGAAUGCAGCAUAUCAGUAAAAAGAUACUAAGUAGAUAUAAUAGCUACUUAACCUAAAGAAAAAGAGAAAGUAAAGAGAAAGAGGUAUGAGCGAUAAUUUAUUUACUGAAAUUGAUUCAAAGAGUAAAUAGAGUCCUGGACAGAAUCUUGCCAAAAGAGUCAAAGCUUGA